AUGGCUCCCAACGGGAAAAUGGUGAGUGCCGGUUUUGGGACUUGUUCAGUUUUUAUGGAAGAGUUUUAGAGAACAUUCUAGAAUCAGCUUGAUGGGUUAUGCUCCGAAAUUUAUAAUACUAGAAAGUAUGAAUCUCAGAACUCACACAAGAAGCUUAGAUAAGACGGGGAACUUGGUCUAAAACUAGAUUUUUUUUCCAAAAGUCAUUGAAGCCGCAGUUUAGGAUUCGGGAUCUUUGUGAAAGUUUCUCUAAAAGUUCCGAUAUCUUAAUUUUUUUGACAGCUAAAUCUCUUCUUUUCACUUGGAAAAUGAGCAAGAAGAAGAAAAUAUUCAAAUAAAUCCAGAAAAAUCAAUAAGUUCGGACAACCUAGGUGAAAAAAGACUCGAAAAUUUCUCGACAAGAGUUACAGGUAGUAGGCCGGUUACACCAAAAAAAAAAACAAAGCUCAAGUAUUAGGUUGUUUACUAAGUUUCUUUCUUUUUUAAAGGACUUUUUUUUAAAAAGUUUUCAACCAGAAAAGCACUUCUCACAAUUUUGCUUCAUAUAGUAUUUACUACUACACAAUCUGAAGUUCAGAUUAAAACUAACUGUAUUUCUAUAACGCUAUGCAGAAAAAAGAUACAGAACUGUCCGAACUCGAAAAAAAUCUCGAUUUUUGGAAAGUUUUGCGAACUUAUUUUUUAUCUUACUUUUUCAAUUUUAUCAUUCGAACGAGUUACAUAAAACGUAAACUGAGGUCGUGUGGUUGCUCGUGAAAGUUUUCGUUAGCUUCCAAAAAAUUUGAGAAAUGAGUUAUUUAUUCAAAAGCCAGACCAUACAAAUUUAUGAUUGGCCAACAUUGUUGAAAUAAUGCGCGUCCUGUUUUCGUUUGAUUUCCCCCGAAGUACAUUCGUAAUUAUCUAUCAGGUUUGGGGUUUUGAAAAAAAAUAUAGGCAUAACGUUAGCAACCGGCAGCUACCGUGAAACUCGAGGAUUUAAUUUUACAGGCUUUUUUCAUCAAAAAAUGUUUAUAGCACGGGGGCAGUGGUUUCUAUCCACUCUCAAAUUUUCUGUUCUUUUGCUAUCUCUCAAGUUAAUAAAAAAACAAGUACAACAAAGGUCACUGCAGCCAUGUGUCAAUGCAGAAGUGUUUCUACUGAGUUUUUCCGGCCUAAAAUUUUGAGAAACGGUAAUCAACUGAAAUGACAGCUUGAUUAACUUCUGGAGGCUCUCUGACGGCGUCAAACGUUUAGACCUUCUGAAGAAAACGUGACUGAUACAGACCGUGUCUGUACUAAAUAACCACAAAAAAAAAAAUCAAAAUCAUCCUCAAAGCCGUUGAUGAGAAAAGCGUCUAAAUGUUCAGCGACCAUGUCAUUGUCAUUGAUCACUGACCAAAACUUUUAAAGAAAAAAGAUUUUCAGGCUGGUUUUUUGUUUAAAAAGUCUGCUUGCCUACUCUAUCUGUACUUCCAUCCUCCCUCGUUUUCAACAACUACAAAAUAUUGAAUCAUAAAUUUUUUUAGAAGAAACAAAAAAAAUUUUUCUAAGAGGGGUUGAAAUCGAGUUAGUUGCCCUUUUUUGAGUAUAUCAUUGCUCGUUUUAAAGUCAAGAACUUCAAAAUUAACAGACAUGUUAACAGAUAGCUGAGGAUGACGGGGAAGAAAUUGUUUGCUGUUUGAAUCCAAAAUUGAAAAGUUAUACACCAAAUAACUUUCAACCGAAAAAAGAAAGAAACUUAGUAAACGACCUAAUAUUUAUCCGAUUUUCUUUAUAAUUAAUGUUCUAUUCUGAACAAAUGAAUCUCGUCUUUGAAAAAUAGAGAGGAAAAAAUAUCAUAAAACAGCCGUUUUUGCGCUUUCGCUAACGCUUCGAAAAGCUGUGAAGCUGCAUAAAUAAUAGUCUCAUUCAAAAUUUAAAAAAUUAAUGCCAGAAGUCAGGAUCGACCUCAGACAGGGUGAUUUAUCGGGUUUCCAGCACAAAAUCAGUUUUUCCUAAAUAAAAGCUUCUUGAGGUUCUUAUGAGCAGAUCUCUGAAAGGCCAGUACUACCAAAUUGAGACUAAAAUAGUAAAUAGUUCAAUAAAGAUUUGUUUCGAAUGAAUUUUUUUUAAGCGAGAGAUCGUUUCGAUCCACAUCGGCCAGGCCGGCGUGCAGAUCGGCAACGCCUGCUGGGAACUCUACUGCCUGGAGCAUGGGAUCCGGCCCGACGGCGUCAUGCCUUCGGACCAGACCGUCGGCGUCGAGGACCAGUCCUACAACACCUUUUUUUCCGAGACCCAAGCAGGUCACUUUUACCAAAAAGUUUCUGUUGGAAAUAGGCGGAGAAGCCUUGAAAGCUUCAGGAAACUGCUAUUCAGGAGAUAAUUCUCACUUUCAAAAAAAAAAAGGUUCCAGGAAAGCACGUUCCGAGAGCGAUUUUCAUCGACCUUGAGCCGACGGUCGUCGACGAGGUCCGCACGGGGACCUACGCCAAGCUUUUCCAUCCGGAGCAGUUGAUAACCGGAAAGGUCGGCAAUCAAUAUAUCAGCAUGUCGUUCAAAUUUCUGAGAGAAUUCUUCCAGCUUUUUUUUCUAGUUUUCAAAGUUUUUCCCAGUUUUAAUGACCUUCUCUCCUUGCCUUCUAAUAUUUCCAGUUUCGAAACUGAGGGUAGUAAUAAAGGCGAAGUUAUAAUAUCUUUUUCAAAGUAUUUUCCGCUAAAUUGAAAACUCUGACUUUCCAGAAUUUAGUUACAUUUUUCACUUUUUCUCGUCUUUUGAGUUUCGCGGAAUCACUUCAACCACGUGAAAAGCGAAAAAAAGAAUAUUUUUAUCAUGAACUGUGCAAAAAAAUAAAGUUAUUUUUUUCUUACUUACAGGUCUAUUUUUCUUUGAGCUUUUCCUGUACCCCUUGCGAUUUCAUUCCAAGAAACGCUCUUCAAAAUUUGUGAAUUUUUUCAGGAAGACGCUGCGAACAACUAUGCUCGUGGCCAUUAUACAAUCGGCAAGGAGCUGAUCGACGUCUGCAUGGAUCGCGUCAGAAGUCAGUAUUAAUUCGACUUUGUGGGACUCUUUAUUAAUCAAUCAAUCAAUGUCUUUGUUUUAGUAGUAGUCGUCAUUGGCUAAAAGGGGGACAAGAACUUUUAAAGCCAUAUUGAAAAAACGUUUCUGGCAAGAUAGAAGUCCAAACGUGUAGUUGAUCAAGAUGAAAGCAUGGUCUUAGGUCCUUCGCCUCGUUUCUCUGCUCGUAGUCCAUCAAGUUGCGCCUUGAAGUGCUCAGAAUGUAGAGUAUUUUGUAGGUGGAGCACAGGCUCAAAGUAGAAGCAUACAUGGGCAGACCAUAUUUGAAGGCCACCAGCUUGUCCUCCCAAGUGUCACUAAAUUUAAGUCAGUACUACCUCCUAAAGAUGAACCUAACCCUAUUCUGGUGAUUACUACCUCCUGGGGUUAGGCGCAAGCUUGUUCUGCGCCAUUUGGGUUUAGGCUGGGUUGGAAAAUGAAACUUACUCUAACACCUUGUUUUUAAUUUUAUUCGUUAGUAAACCCCUCCUCCCGGACUAAUUGAAUUUAUCACUUGACCAUGUAUCGGUUGGAGCCUCGAAAUGAGAGCGAACACUUCGAAAUAACACGGAAUCUUCUCAGGACUGACGGAGCGAUGCCAGUCCCUGCAAGGCUUCCUCAUCUUCCACUCCUUCGGCGGCGGAACCGGCAGCGGCUUCACUUCCUUGGUCAUGGAGCGGCUGUCCGUCGACUACGGCAAAAAAGCCAAACUCGAGUUCUCCAUCUACCCGGCACCGCAGAUCAGCACAUGUACGGUAUUAUCUUGGAUAGAAUCUUCGAUGGGCCUUCUUUUAGGAUUAUUUUUUUCGUAAACUCUUCUAGAAGAUUCAGAUGAAGAUCCCUUUUAUGUAGCACCUGUGUAAAUUAAUAUUUUUGAAGUUUUGAUGCCUAAAAGUUCAAGAUUAACGUAAAAAUAGAACCGUAAUCGAUGCUCGAAAUUUUUUAAAAAAAUAAUCUCUUUGAAAAUGAAUUUUUCUUUCGAAUAGUGACUUCUGAAACUCAACCCCUCCUUCCGUAUUAAGUGAUAAAGUUUUUUUGGACAAAUUUGUAGGAAAUUCAGGGCUUCUCUUUGAACCCCCCGGUUGAUAAAGAUUUUUCUUUGAACCUUGGAAGUCUGAUGGAAGCUCCCGAAGCACGGAUUUUUUUCGGAAAAAUUCGACUUUUUUUCAGCCAUGGUCGAGCCCUAUAACUCAUUGCUGACCACACACACGACCCUUGAACACUCCGACUGUUCUUUCAUCAUGGACAACGAGGCCAUCUAUGAGAUCGCCAAAGUCAACCUCGGCAUUCGCAGGUCUUUUUCUUCAGCCUGAAAGAUUAAGCCUGAACCUUAAUUUUGGCUUAUUUUUCUGAGAAGGACUAUGAAGAUGACUCAUUUUGUUCAUGCUCCGCAUUUUCGCGCUCUUUUUUUGAGAUCAAUAUUCUCAAAAAGUAAGCAAAUUCUCUCAUAUUCGGAUGAAACUCCGCGAAAUUAGACCUUCCUCUUAAAAUUCUCUGACUAUGUCGUUUAAUAUAUUUCCAACAGUAGUUGAUCAACCACACUUUGAACGUUUUUUUUUUAAAUUUCAACAGCUUUUUUUUGCGUUUUUUAUCGCUUGAACGUCGUUGGCGCUCCAAGUCGAUGAGCCAAGGUCCUAACCUUAUAUCAGUGAUGAUCAGUCGACUGGCUUAAGUGACCGUCUAGGUGUCUGACGUCUGGGGAUUAUCGAACUUAUGACCCUCUGGAUUGUAGCCGGGCCCGCAGCCUGUUGAGCUACGGCGCACCUUUUAACAUCUACUUUUACUCACUUUAAAAAUUCUUGUUCCAGUCCGACCUACACGCAUCUGAAUCGGAUGCUGGCGCAGGUCGUCUCUUCGAUCACGGCUUCGCUUCGAUUCGACGGCGCCCUCAACGUCGACCUCACCGAAUUCCAGGUAUUCAUUUCCGCUUUAACCGGUGCACCAAGCUUUUUUCUGAAGCUCUUAUUCGUUUGUCAAGCUUCUAAGUGAAUUCUGAUAGUUUGCAGACAAAUCUCGUACCGUAUCCGCGAAUCCAUUUCCCUCUGGUCACUUAUGCGCCCAUCAUAUCGGCGUAGGUUUUUCUUUUCCAGAAAUCACAUUUCUUUCGAAAAAAAUUUUUCCCAAAUCUUUCGUCUUCGAUAAACUGCUUAGUUCGGAAGGCCAUGUUUAAGAUCUGAAACUCAAUUUUUCAUUUGAUUAAAAAGUUAUCACACCUAGGGUUUCGAGUUGAAACUAAAGUUGAAAAAAAAAGAAACUCGUAUCCCAGUCCGAGUAGUUCCCUAGUUGGACGAUUAUAAAAAAAGGUUGUAGUGUUAAUAUUUUGAGUGUCAACUAGUUUACUCUGCCCCUGCUGACACAGUAACUUUUCACGUCAAUUCAUUAUCCCGACGGUGAUUCUUUAAUAACGAACCUUUUAUGAGCUUUUCUUGACGAAAAAGCUCGAAAACCGAAGAAAAAUCAACGCGAAAGAUACUUUGGUUUAAGCAGCAUGACAUUUAAAAACCAAAGAGACUCGUUGAUUUUUCAGUGAGAAGGCUUACCACGAGCAGCUGACCGUAUCUGAGAUCACGAACGCUUGUUUUGAGCCCGGCAGUCAAAUGGUAAAAUGUGACCCCCGCAACGGCAAAUACAUGGCCUGUUGUCUACUUUAUCGCGGCGAUGUCGUUCCGAAGGUUCUUCUUGUUUUUUUUUUCUCGAAAACUUAUGCUGCAAGUAAAAAAAAACAAAAUUACCGUAUCUUUUCCACUUUCAUUUUUAUUUUAUCAAAACUACUUUGAAUGCGGCACUGGGGCGGUAUAGUGUGUUCCCCGCGAGUCGGCUUCGUUUUGAAAGAACAACCGAAAAAAUAUAGCGUAAAUGCAGUUCUUGCUCUACAUAACUGUAAAGAGGUCUUGAAGCGAAUGGUGAUCAAAUUUGAUCCGAUGUGAUAUACGGUAUUUUUCACCGAGAAAGAACGGUACAUCCUACCGAAGAUAGACUAAAAAACCAGAUAGACUUCUUUUUUUUUUUGAUUUUUUGACUUCAAACAUCAUUAAAUCCGCUCAAUAAUCUGUACUUCUGAAGCAAGUUCGUUUCUUUUUACACCAAUUAUUUUAUUUUCUCUAGCCGAAAUCGUUAUUUCAACGUUUUGCAGGACAUCAACUCUGCUAUAUCGGUGAUCAAGACGAAGAGGGCUAUCCAGUUUGUUGAUUGGUUCGUUUUUUAUGUUAAAUUCGCUGGAGAGUUCAAAUUUACGUACACGUUCUGACUCAAGCUUUUUUACUUCUUGACUUUUAAAGAAUGAAACUUCUCUGGUUAUUAGGAGAGCUAUUUUAAUGCAUCUUAUAACCGGUUUUAAGCUUUUCUGACUUUUUUUUUGGCCUCUGAAGCUUGUUUCUUUACACAGACAAAGUACUUGCAUUUUGGAGUCUAAAUUUAUUCGAAAUCUACUCAAAUACUCUUCGGAUCUCUAAUGAGCAUUUUUCUAAACUAGAGCUGCUAACAACGAAAGUAAGCUAAAACUCUUCAUUGAAAUUAACUCGCGAGUUUAAAGCCAUAAAAAAGCGAUGUCGGUGGCCGUGCAUUGGCGAUAUCGCAAAAGAAUCGCUUUAUUGACGCGCCAGACUAGCGCUUUUCUGGUCGCGACAUCGCAUCUCUCUCGCAUCUCACGCACGAAAAAAUUAUUUGAAAAUUUCCGAAAUGCGAGGUUGCGUCCAGAAAAAUCCAAGUCACGAUUCUAAUUCAGUCGUUAUUAUCAGUAUCGAAAAAAAAACUGAAGAAUUCAAGUCGACCCUGUAACAGGCAAAAUAAAUAGGUGCCCGACGGGCUUCAAAGUCGGCAUCAACUACCAGCCGCCGACGGUCGUCCCAGGCUCCGACCUCGCCAAACUGCAACGCGCCGUCUGCAUGCUUUCCAACACGACGGCCAUCCAAGAAGCCUGGGCCCGACUCGAUCACAAGUUCGACCUCAUGUACGCCAAAAGAGCCUUCGUCCAUUGGUAUGACCAUUCGGAAACGAUUUCAGAUCAGAAUCUUCCUCAGGUACGUCGGCGAAGGAAUGGAAGAAGGAGAGUUCUCGGAGGCUCGCGAGGACAUGGCCGCCCUCGAAAAAGACUACGAAGAAGUCGGCGCCGACUCUUUCGAUCCCGCCGACGACGAUUAUUGA